GGAGUCAAUCGAGGGGGCGGCGCUAGAGCGUCCUGGCCCCGCCUCUUAAAGUGCCCUCGACCGCCUUGCGGGCCACACGGGCCGCGCGGCGGCGAGUGAGCGGCCAAGGUCCGCUGAGGCCUGCGGCUGUGUUCCUUGUCCCUGCUGAAACUGGAAGAUGAAGGGCAGCCGCCAGUGCACACAUAGUCUGUGGCUUGCAGACAGUCAAGAGUACGCAGGGGAGUCAGCGCCCUCUGCGCGCCCAGACCCGGCCAGAGAGGAAGCAAAGUGUGUGUUCCGGACUGGCUCGCCCCUUGACUACACGCGACACUCCUCUCCCGGACACGGCCGGCGAGCUUCCCUGCAGCUGAUCCACCCCCUGGGGACGCGGCGCACGGGCCGGGCCAGGGCUCCGGAGCGAGGCUCCGCGGGGCUCAGAACCCCGCACUCAUCUGCAUGCUGCUUUGCAUCUCAUUUACAUAAUAAGGUUUGGGUCGACGCCCGCACGCGCCCCCACCCCUACGCAGACCCUUGUGGAUCCUCUGCACACACUCCUGAAGCCUUACAGUUCUGUCAUUGUCCCUGCCAGGCCCUUCUUGCUCCGCAAGUUUUUUUCACCCAUGAACACCCCCCCACCAGCACUGGUAAAAAACCCUUCCCUGCAUCCCGGAUCCGACUACCCGGUUCUCCAGAAGACAAUACUCCAAUUCUCUGGGAAGUGGGAGAAACCAAGCUGGACUUGGGGGUGGAAUGGGACCCCAUUGGGACUUUGAAAACGUCAAAUUGUCGAUUAAUCUCCUCAGCAUUCAGACACCUUCUAUCUUAGUCUUGGUGGGAGUCCCAAAACUCUCCGUUGCUUGGAUAGGGGGGCGUCCCUGGUCCUGGAUUAGGAAGGCGGUUAGGGAGCACCGAGCACAGGGGACCUGGCCAACAGCCACCCGUACGCCUAGGACCUGGGGCUGGGAUGAAGCUGGAGGUGUAAGCAGUCCCACCGCUUGCUCUCCUCAACCCUGGAGGGUGGUUUACCAUCCCCUGCCCCACAGUUAUGGAUGGAUGAGAGAAGCUGACCUUCCGCUCUGGGACCAUCUUCCCUUGUACCAUGGAGAAAGCCUUGUUGCCGCUGACCAUAACUUCUGACCCAAGACCCUUCAAUCAACAGCUCCCCGAACCUCCGGACCUGAGAUGUGCCUUGGAACCCCAGGACGGCCUUGAACUGGCGCCUGCUCUUGUGUGCGCGCUUUGCUGCUGCUUUGGGAUCAUCUACUGCUGCUUCGGCUACCGCUGCUUCAAGGCAGUGAUGUUUCUCUCGGGUCUGCUGUCAGGAGCUCUGGUGAUCUUCCUCCUGUGCCACAAGGAGCGAGUGUUGGAGACACAGUUGAGCCUGGAGGUGAGCGCAGGCAUCGCACUGGGCAUCGGACUCCUCUGCGGCCUGGUCACCAUGCUGGUUCGCAGCGUCGGGCUCUUUCUGACUGGUCUGCUGCUAGGUCUGACCCUAGGUGCUGGAACCUUGUUGGGCACAGAACCCAUCUACCAGCCACGUUCAGCCUGGGUGCCGAUCGGUGGUCUAAUGGGGCUGGCACUGCUGGGAGCCCUGCUCACACUCCGGUGGCCACGCCCAUUCACGGUGCUGGGUACUGCCCUCCUAGGCGCUGCUGUGCUGGUGGCCUGUGCUGACUACUUCUUGGAAGGGCUGGCACUGGGCACUCGGCUGAGCGAACGCCUGCAGGCGCUUCCAGAAUUGCUUCCUCUUUGCUGGUAUAGCUGGGUCUUACUGGGGACCUGGCCAAUCUUAGGGGCUCUUGGGACACUGGCCCAGUGGAAACUCAUGGCUGAGGAACGCGGAAGCCACACCAAUGCAGUGGUCUUGAGCCACCAGAGAAGGCAUCUCCAGCUCCUUCGGAUCCAUCAGCAAGAGGCUAAGUGGCAUCGGAACCCUUCUGGAGUGGGACUGUAUGAAGGCAGCUAUCGAAGUCAACUUUCCCCCAAUAUCCGGAGCCCUGGUGACGGUCUGGCUCCAGUGAGCGGGAGGCGUUAUCUCCAGAGUCUCCGUGAGGCCACGGGUCCCCGCACUGUCCUGGACGUGGGUUCUGGCUGCAAUCCCACUGUCCUCUGUCCAUCCUCUCAUUCCUCCCAGACCUGAGCCUAAGCCUCUGGUGAUGCCGCUACCCGAGUGAGGGCAGGAGAUUGCCACGUGGAUAAGGCCUGAGCCCAAGGGGCCCACACAGAGUUCCCUACGUCUUGGACUUGGAGAUAGUCUCUAUCCUCAGACUAUCCCCUUUUAAAAGCGGGCAGAGAGAAUUCUUGUAAAGAUGGGGGAGAGCAAUACAGCACCUACCUCUGUCAGUGGUCACGGUGCCCUGGUCCCUAGAGACACUGGCUCCAAACCAAGGAGAUUUACCCAAAACAGCUUUAAAAAAAAAAAAAAAUUCCUAUAGUGCUGAGACAGAACCUAAGUGUUGUUCAGAGUAGACGAGCGUUCUACCACUGAACUGCAACCAUACCCAAAUAUCCAUUUAGAUGUCCCAAUGUGCCUUACUGUGGUAAAAUACAGGGCUGUGUUGUAAGACCAGUAGAAAACCGAGGAGCCCCUGAGGCAUGUCACAGUUUUUUUGGUAGGGAAAAUGGCACAGAAGUACUCUAAGAUCCCCCAGCUCCUGGGUUCCUUAGGGGUACAUGGACUUCUGGUUGGCCUUUCUCAGUGGACCCCAUAGUCUUGAGUCCCCUCUACCUCAGGGGAAUGCAAUCCUCCAUGGUGCUUUCUCCUCUCUCUUCAACGAGGGGAGACCACAGAAUCUGCCUCAGCUCCCCUCUCCAAGAGCUGGCUCCUUCUCCAAGAAGAGAGCAUUGGCUCGCAUGCCUAAUUCUUGCUUUUUUGCUCAGAGAAACCUGGGCUUCGGGGCUGCGUGGUAGUCAAGUGCCUUCUGCCUCCACUAACCCAUCCUAACGCUCCCUCCUCUGACUCUCCUGAGCAAGGUCUUUCCUGGUUUCCCAGGCAGUAUGAAGGAAGACACAUCCCUCCCCCAGCAGCAAAUCUGUAAUGAGAGAGGGAGAAGAACAAGGGAACAUGGGAAUAAAAUGGCUUUGAAAAUU